UCCUGAUCUUUUUACACCGGUAUAAUUAUCUUUGCUCUAGUUAAAUCACAGGGUAAAGAAACGCAACUUCCCGUUGGAAAUUCGUUGUUUUCGUUGGAACAAGUACGUUGGACAGAAUUUACUCUUUUCGUUUACUGCAAUACCAGCCUGCUGUCUGGAAACCAUCAAGAGGUUAAAAAGACAUGUACAAUAUCAGUUUCUUAAGGAGCACGCAGAUCCACAUUCGUCGCAUAUAUCCCCUCGUCGCUCGUAAUCGUGCAACCGUUGUCGUACUAGCAGGUAGCAGAAACUUAUGAAUAACUCCUCAAUGGACAACUACCGCCACGAACCUCCUGCCUGUGAAAACAAGCCGCCUAGCAGCGGCCCCUUGUUGGGUAACAUCCCGGGCGUCGUACAGACGUCCAUCUAAGCUCCAGCAUCUUUCCAUCGUGACCGUUUCCGGUUGCUUGCGACAAUGAGAUGGCGUAAAGGAAGCGACCGCCGGGGUUCACGUACUACAGGGCAGCACCGAGGGGCGGUCAACGCGAAGCGGGAAGCGACAUCAUCAACGUGGUAGCCACGCCAACAGUUAAGCAGGUCGAUCGCGGUUUGUCGUCUUCGCAGACGUGGUUCGCGUGCGAAGAUGGACCUGCUUUCGCAAGAGGAUGCCAACGGCGUCCGGAUGUCGUGGAACCUGUGGCCCAAUACGAAGGCAGAUAUGAAUCGCAUCGUCGUGCCUCUCGGCUGCAUCUACUCACCGUUGAAACAGGUAGUUGUUCAAACUAUAACACAGAUUCCACAGUUCUUGCUGGGUACAUCAUGAUCAUCCAUACGUAAAGUUAGAUACACAUACACGUGAUAAGAUAUGCAUGGCCCUCGUGAUAACAAGUUUUGUAUACGUACGAACUCCUGCGCAACAAUGCACCAGGUCACCGACCUGAAGCUUGUCGGGUACGACCCGCUAGUCUGCAAAUCGGGCACCAACAACUGCGUCGCGGUCUUCAACCCCUUUUGCUACGUCGAUUUUCGUGCAAAGACCUGGACCUGCAAUUUUUGUGGCUUCAAACAGCAGCUACCGCCGUACUAUGCAGAAAAUAUUUCGGAGUCCCAGCUGCCGCAGGAGAAAAUGUAGAAUUGGCGUAAGAGUAACUUGAUUUCGAAAAAUUAUAAGUCUCAACACAGGAGCUUGUAUGAAAUUGAAAUUAAAAAAGCAGACCAAAUAUAAAGAUCAAGCGCAAUGAAGAAAAUCAAACACGUUAUCGCGCAGGUCGCCGACGAUUGAAUAUCUCCUUCCGAACACCUCCUGCAUGCCACCGGUUUUUCUCUUCGUGCUCGACACAGCGCUGAAUAACCCGGAGGACUGGAAAGAGUUCGAGAAGGCCAAAGAAGCCUUGCAGUCGACUCUGCAGUCGAUGCCACAAAAUUCGCUGGUCGGGUUCAUCACCUUUGGUGCCAUGGUGCACGUGCAUGAGCUGGGGUUCCAGGGCGAGCUCCUCAAAUCCUACGCCUUCAUGGGCACGAAACAGUACGUGUCACACAGAAAAAAGCUAUUAUUCAGACGGUAUAUUUGUAUACGCGAAGAAAAGAAAAACACAUGAGAAGACUCGUAACAGGGUGGUUAGGCAGCUGUCGUGCAAGACAGAUUUAUAUGAUAUUUUUGCACUACCAAAAAUCAUGUGGUUAUUAAUGCUAGCUUUUUUUCUGGGAUAGUACGGCACGCAGCAAAUAGCCGGCAUGCUCGGCGUAUGGAUUGCAAAAAUGUCUGGGUCUGGAAGAUUCCCAGAUUUGUCAUGCAGGGUUUCCAUGACCGAUGAGGUCUGGUAUGUAGGACAUAGCAUGACAGAUUCUGCGAGACCUUUCCAAUGCCUAUCCUGCAUGACAAACUCCCUCCCGACUUGGUCAAAACCGGACGACUUUUGGUAAUCAUGCAACACAGAUUUUUGCAUGCUUCAGAUUCAGCAUGACGAGUUGCAUUCUUCCAGACCCAGACAUUUUUACAUUUGAUACGGCGUGAGCAUGCGGAACGACCCCCGGGGGAACACGCGAACGGAGUUAUUGAGAGGAAAAAUCCCCCCUCCCCAUAUUGAAAAUGCAUGUUUCCGAAAAUUUGUGUUGCUGAUUUGAGGUCACAAAUCACAUCUGUUUUGCAAGAAGGCACGGGCAGAAGCUUCCGCCCCAUUAUGGAGGCGAUUUGUCAUGCUGUUGGGCCUAAAGGGAAGCCGCUCGCCAUGCUGAACAACUAGACGCAUACGCCCCUACCUAGCCUGGGGACCUGACUGCAAUGCUUUUCUGCAAUACAAAGCUGAUUUGUGUACUCAAAUCCAGCGUCAGACAUUUCCUUUCGAUAUGGGGAGGGGGGAUUUUUCAUUUUGAUAGGAGUCGGCGAAGCGGUUUCUGCUGCCGAUAUCCGAAUGCGAAUUCGCGUUGAAUAACAUUUUGGAGGACCUCCGCACCGACCGAUGGCCGGUGGAGGAGGGGCGGCAGCGGUGUCAGCGCUGCACGGGGGGCGCGCUCAACGUGGCGGUGGGACUCCUGGAGAACCUGUACGCGGGCCACGCCGGCUAUGGAAGCGUCAGGUUUGAAAUCGUCAAAGUUGAAAUAAUUUGUGAUGCAUAAAAUGCGACACAAAAAGUGACUCUAUUGCAGAGGACCCAAGGGAGGCAGAUUAUAGUCCUGGUAAGGGUCAAAAGUUGGACUGCUAACUAGCACGACAGAAGGCAGCUCUUUUGCCCUAAACCGCAUGACAGACUCGCUUCCAGGACCGGGAAAAUUUGCCAUGCACCGACUACAAACUGCAGGCCUAACUGGUAUCUGUUUUAUGCAUGACAAACUAUUUCAACUUUGACGAUUUCAAACCUGACACAUCCACGCCGGCCGGAUAAUUCUGCUCGUCUCGGGCCCCUGCACCGCGGGCCCCGGCGCCAUCGUGUCCCGGGACAAGAGGGAAAACAUGCGCUCACAUCUGGACCUGCAAAAGGAACAACCCAACGCAAGGUACAGUUACAGCAACGUGAUUGUAGUGCUGCGUGUGCUGUUGCACUACCAUGAAGGAAUAUUAUCGCAGGGGGUAAAACAUAAAUCGAUCAGAUCAGGUAGAAGUAGUACCGCGAUCGAUAAAAAAGAUUCUGCGCAGCACGGUGAUAAAAAUACUAUCGCGGAAGGACGAGUUCUUGUUGAGGAGUUCGAUGCUACAAAUUGAUAAUCAUGCAAAAUAAAGAACUUUAGGUAUUGCAAAGGUGCCAGCAAUUUCUACCUGUCUGUCGCGGCCCGCGCGGUUUCGACGGGCCACGCGAUUGAUAUUUUCGCGAGCUCGCUGGACCAGGUAGGACUGCACGAGAUGCGGUGUUUAGUGGAGCGCAGUGGCGGGCACAUGGUCAUGGCCGACGGGUUUUCGCAGCACGUUUUUCGCGAUUCAUUCAAGAAGGUGCUCUCCAAAACGGACUCCAGUGGCCAGUGUCUCGACAUGGGCUUCAACGCCCGGAUCACCGUGCAAACGAGCAAGGAAAUAAAAGUCUGUGGUGCGAUCGGACCGGUCUGCAGCAUGCAGAAAGCGCGUAUUUAGAUUUACUUUCCCAUGGUGAAGGGAGAUGAGAAAUUUGCUUCACAGCAUAUAUACUUUUUCGAAGUAAAAUUUCUGUCUUCGACACGCGUCACUCUCCUUUUUGUUUCCACACGACCAGCACUGAAGAAGGCCUGAAAUUUUUCUUGCCGCGCGACAACAAUAAAUAAGUCUCGCGUAGUUGUUUCUCCUCCAUCGAUUAUCAGACCCGUCCGUGGCAGACACGCAGAUAUCAAUUGCAGAAAUGUCUGGGUCUGGAAGGAUGCAAGGUUUGUCAUGCUUAUCUGGCAUGACUGAAGAGUUUGUGAUGCGGGUCCAAGAAGAGACCCUCUUGCUUGUCAUGCAAACGCAGCUUGUCAUGCGGAAAGCGCAACACUAAGCCGCGCAAAAAUCUCUCAUGUUGGCUGCGCAUUACAGAAAAUUCACUAUUCACAAAUCAGCAUUUUACAACAAGUUUCCAGACCCAGACAUAUUUGCAUUUCAUAGCAGAUCGGGGAAAGCAACACCAUCACGUGGGCCACGAGCGCACUAGAUCAGCAGUCCUCGGUAGCGUUUUACUUUGAGCUCGCAGACGACGGCGCAGACGGGAAGAAACAGAACAAACAGGGGCAGGCAGCCUUUCUGCAGUUUCAAACCCUGUACCACCAUCCCAGCGGGAAGAAGCGACUGCGAGUGACUACGGUUGCACGUGCGUACUUAAGUAUUUGUUCUAUCUUUCCGGAACCUCUACGACCUGGUUGCGCUUUUUGGGACGUUCUAUGUAUGAGUGAUGUUUUCCAGAACAAGGAAAAUAUAGGUCAGGCGAAGAGGAGGGGGACGACCCGUGUAUAGGUAGCCGGCUAACAAGCGUGCCUGUUUUUUAUCAACCGCCCGUUGUACUGUUUUUUAUCAACAUGGUCGCAGGUAUAGCGAUCCAGAGUUGCUGGACAUCGGCCAGGCGUUCGACCAGGAGUGCUAUCCACAAAAAAAGACCCAUCCCCAUUCAAUUUUUUGUCAUGCAAAACAUGCGUCGAAAUGCUGUGUUUGUCAUGCAGAAAAUGGAUAGGGAUCAUUUGUUUUUCCCUGGAUAAGUGCGCGGCGGUGCUGCUCGCCAGGUUCUGCAUGCACCAGGCGGAGUCCACCGAAAGUUUCGACGCCUUGCGUCGGCUGGACCGCAUGCUGAUCCGGAUCAUCAGCAAGUUCGCCGCCUACAACCGCGGCGACCCGAGCUCGUUUCAGCUGGCGGAGGAAUUCACACUGUAUCCUGAGUGAAUAAGUACAAACCCACCUCGUCCCCAUAGUGCAGGAUGGAAUUUAUUUUGCGCAUCAGAGGCUCAGGCUUUUGCUGCAUAAGUAACCGUGCUUAGCUACAUGUCGCAGCCGCAUCGUAAAGCGAUCGUCUCGUCCGGAUUGUAGCGUUAAAAAAAUACAACUAGAAAUAAACGGUCCUGCAGCUCAUGAGCCUGUGCAACAUGGAGGGCGUUUCAUGCUUGCAGAUUUGCGAAGACAAAAAACCGCUUGACCCACCUCCUCUGCGUGUCAAGCCAUCUGCAUGGGGCAGAGGGGAAGGCGCGAAUGGUCCUGCAAUUUUCCCUUCAGCAUGACAUCAACUCUGGGGCGGCGACGAUUUUGCCCAGGAUACACUGUUCCCGCAGUUCAUUUUCUACCUGCGAAGAAGUCCCUUGCUUGAAUAUGAACAUGAAAAGUGCCCCACCCCCAGAAGUGAGCAUAAUAUUUCCAUGAUGCAAAGUUUCCAAAUGUAAAGCUUUGGUCUUGCAUGAGAGGUCUGCAAGUCUUCCUGAUCCAGAGCGUAGGCGUUGAAAGCCGUCCGUACAUGACGAAUUCUGUUGCUGCUAGGCCUUUAUUUUGUGACGCAAACUUUAACUUUUGCCCAUCUGCCUGGAACAUUUGAUAUGUUGCUGGACUAUGCAAGAAGGGGAACUACAGCAUCAUCAAUGUUUGCAGUGGGAAGAAGAGCAGCUUUUGUAAUGCGAACGCUUUCCCUUCGUGGAGUCGGGUCGCUUUUCCGCAUGAUAGGGAAACUUUCAACUGUUCCCCGGACGAAACGGCCUUCUACCGCGUGUGCAUGCUGAAGAGCAACGUGGUGAACUCGCUGGUCAUGAUUCAGCCCGCGCUGAUGGAGUACAGCUUCGACAGUCUCGCCCCCGUGCCGGUGCUGCUGGACUCCCUGAGUCUGAAGAAAAACGUGAUCUUGCUGCUUGACACCUUCUUUCACGUGGUGGUCUGGCGGGGGGAAACCGUGCUAUUAAAUGCAAAAAUGUCUGGGUCUGGAAGGUUGGAACUUGUGAUGCUACCUUUGGACUCUACAGAAAAUCUGUAUUGCAUGAACAGCAUAAGAGGCGCAAUUUGUGCUACGCGGAGAGGGCAUUUCUCAUGCGGUAUGAGCAUCAGAAAACCCUCGCAGAGUCUCUGAUGCUAGGGCAUGCAUCACAGACCUCAGUCAUGGGUCAUGGAAAAUCUGCAUGACAAACUUCUGCGCUCUUCCACAUAUUUGCAAUCCAUACGUGCAGGAGUGGUACAACCGCGGGUACCAGGAACUGCCGGAGUAUUGAGAAGAAAAAUCCCCACACCCCAUAUCGAAAAGGUAUGUUUCCGAAAAUUUGUGUUGCUGAUUUGAGACCACAAAUAGCGUCUGUCUUGCAAGAAGACAAGUGCAGGGGCUUCCGCGCCAUUAUCGAAGCGAUUCAGCAUGCUGCUGGGCCUAGGGGACAGCCGUUUGUAAUGCUAAACAACUAGACCCAAACGCCCCUACCUAGGCCGAGGAUCUGGCUGCGAUGCCGUAUUGCAAGACGGCGCGCAUUUUUGUACAGAAAUCCAGCAUCAGAAACUUCGUCUCGAUAUGGGGAGGGGGGAUUUUUCAUUUUGAUACGGAGUACGCGAACUUCAAAGAGCUCCUCAUCGCCCCGGCGAAGGAUGCGAAGGACAUUUUGGAAGACCGGUUUCCCGUGCCGAAAUUCGUGCAGACCUACGCGAACGGCUCGCAGGCGCGAUUCGUGCUGUCCCGCGUGAACCCAAGCAAGACGCACACGCAGUUGAACGACUAUUCGCAGGUGCCCCCGUAUGCAAAAAGAAAGAUGUUUCACUGGAAACUUGUACUGCGCUGGGAUAUGCAACACGAAAACUGCUCUUCCUUGCGUUCCACGGGUUAGAAUACUUGCAGCACAGGCUCUUCUAUACGUUUUUUUACUCCAAGUACAGGAACUGAGCGAGGCAAUCAUAGUUGUUGUUUCUCAUAUACACGACUGAAGAGCAGACCUUUAUGUAAUGAUGCCAUGUGCAUCACCGUGCAAAAUUAAAGUCGCCACAGUGAAGCAAUCUUUUCGCACGAUACGACCGGGGACAGCAGCGCAACGGUGAUAACGGAAGACAUUUCGCUGCGGAAUUUCAUGGAGAGUCUCAUCAAGUUCGCUGUCGCAUAGAGAUGGCGUUUUUUUUGAAAAUCUAGCCAGAGUUUUUGGAUGCAAAAAAAUUUUGCAUUGUUCUUCACUUCAGUAUCUUCCGUUUCGAAGAAUCUAACCUCAAUCAGUUAGCAAAUUCUGCUAUGUUAACCAUUUACUCGUUUGCGUUUUCAAUACGAUGAAAAAUCUAACUCAAGAUCUCGACAAAACUUUUUCAGAAAAUAUUUAACAUGAUUGCAAGGAGAAGCGGGUCAAUUUUCGGUGUUGCUUUACUAUUCAGGCCGCGAAAGCCAAAGCAAGACGGGUCAAUGCAUCCGUAGAUGCGCAGUGUCUGCUCCUUAAGUCGAUACCAGACGAGAAGACGCGGAAUUUUUUGAGCUGCGGAGCAAAAAUGCUGAUCCUUAUUAAGCUACGUAAGCAGUAGGCUCACCGAGCCAUCGCAGCACUUCGCAAUUCUAUUCAUCUAUAAAUAAUGAACGUAUUUUUAAUUUUGCGAAUGCGAGUUGAUGCAGUUUGCAGUUGGCCGAACGCCAACCCCAAAGCCAGUACCAAUUGCACAUGUGCCGGAGCUGCUAUAUGAAUACUUCGAAGUGGGUAACUGUAACUCCUUGUGUGGGAGGAUGAUAUACUCCAAAGCGAGCGAGACCAAACGGCCUGCGCAUAUUCCUAUCCUGUGAACUAGUACAAGGCUCUUGCGUAGUACUCGCACCGAGCGUGAUUGUGUUUUCGUGUCGCUUUUUCCGGCGGUCAUCCUCUCAAGCGACGACGAGACAGCCAUGGGAACCGUUUGCGCACUAUAUCCGAUAAAAAUUUUGUAUGCAAG